AUGUCUGACUCGGGCGCCCGUCACGAGAAACAGCUGCUCUUUUCCGCGAAAAGGAAGCUGCGCCAUUUGCAAGGCAUAUCAAUUCGCAACUUGUUGAUUUCGCCUCCCUCUCGGACGCGCGGAAAGACCAUCGACGACGAUGACAUUCCUCAGUCUCUGAGAUCUCCCAAUAAAUUCGUUGCGCACCCUGAGAGUCGAAAUUUGACUCAUUCUCGCUCAUACACGAACCUCAAAUCAUCGUCUACCGAGGAUCCUGGUGAGCCCCAUAGCGAAGACAAUGACGACAGAGCUCCAGAGUCGCGACUGGGCCGCAGGAGAAGAAGCACCUUGCUUUGGAGCGGCGCGAACUCGGAAAACAGACAAAUCAAGCUAGAAGACAUUUCUCGCAGUCGAAUUGCCAAUACGUGGUUCUCGAUCCAUUGCGAUGGCAUUGACGACCCUGUGUAUAUCAGCGAGGUCAUCGAGAACGCGAUGAACCCGUCGUUUCGGUUUUUCGACCUCAAUGAAUGCGGGCCCUAUGUCUCACGAUCGGACCAAUUGACCGUUAAAGUAUGGGCUAAAUCAGAGCAGAUGAGCGAGUACAUGCAGUUGCUUGAGCUUCAACUUAGUCUCAGGUCUCUACAAUUUGUCGGUAAAUCGCUGGAAGCUUUUCACCAGCCCCUGCCAACCAAUUGCAUCCUUUUCCAUUUUCCUGAAGGAAUUUUCACGAAUUUGACUGGUCUGCCGCCGUCUCAGUCGGUUGCACCAACUAGUGCUCCUAAAGGCGCGUUUCGAGGUGAACCCCAACCUACUUCCUCCUACGAUGCCUUGAUGCGCCUGGCGAAUUUGGAUGAAUGCGUCCAGGACGCACUCGCUACGAGGGGAAAACUGGAAUCUCAAAUCAAUGCUAUACUACAAAAGAAUCACGCGGCUCUUGAUCUCAUAGACCGCGUCUCGCAAGCUGAGGAAAAGGCCUCGCUGGUCAAAAGAAGCACCGCCCUGGAGAGGAAGCAAGUGCGGUGGAACGUGAAGCGCAGAGACGACCUUCUCGCAAGCAUCAGGGCCAGGAGAGAAGCCAUGGACAUGGGUCGGGAGACUCAAGCCAAGACGUAUAGCCACUUGCCUGAUGCACGAUUGAAAAUGGCUUCGAGUUCCUCUUUGCUAGAAAGAAACGAGGAAGAUGUCAAAGGCCAGAUUCGCCGGAUCUCUGAAGACCUAUUGAUUAUAUAUCCGAUCGAACCUAUCCCAGGUAAAACACUCGCCUUUACCAUUGCCGGAUUGGCUCUUCCCAAUUCAUCGUUUGACGAUGUUGACCGAGAGUCGGUGGCAGCGGCCCUUGGAUACACCGCACACCUUGUUCAUCUUUUAUCGUUCUACCUCUCAGUCUCUCUUCCAUAUCCUAUCCAGCCGUACCUGUCGAGUAGCUUUAUUCAAGACCCGGUUUCUAUUGCUCUUCAGCGACGGACUUUUCCGCUUCAUCCGGUUAACGUCCAGUACCGCUUCGAAUACGGAGUGUUUUUAUUGAACAAGAACAUUGAAUUCCUGAUGAGCCGGGCUGGCCUGAGAGUUCUUGAUAUCCGCCACACGUUGCCGAACCUCAAAUACCUCCUUUACAUACUGACCGCUCGCACAAGUGAGCUCCCCGCCAGAAAAGCUGGCGGUUUCCGGGGUCUACUCCUCGGACGACGGACGCCGGCUCUGUCCAGACAGGGGAGCCAGGACAGCUUUGGCAGCGCUGACACUGUGCUUUCUCAGCAGUUGUCGUCUGACUUUCACCACUUUAGAAUGCCGUCAGCCAGCGAUGAUCCUUCUAAAGCCAGGACAUGGCUGCCAAAGACAUCUCCUUUCGCUAAGAUGGCUCCUCCGCUGGCAAACGGGCUGAGCUGA